AUGGAAAAGUGUUAUCCAACAAUAAGUGAGGAUUACCAGAAGGCAGUUGAGAAAUGCAAGAAGAAGCUCAAAGGAUUCAUUGCUGAGAAGCAUUGUGCUCCGUUGAUGCUCCGAUUAGCAUGGCACUCGACUGGGACUUACGAUUUAAAAACCAAAAUAGGGGGACCAUUUGGGACGAUGAAACACCAAGCUGAGCUUGCUCAUGAAGCCAACAUCGGACUUGAUAUUGCUGUGAGGCGAUUGGAGCCCAUAAAGGUGCAAUUUCCAAUCCUAUCUUAUGCAAACUUGUACCAGUUGGCUGGGAUUGUUGCUGUUGAAGUUACAGGAGGCCCUGAGAUUCCAUUUCACCCUGAGAGACCGUUUAGUUUUUACAUAAAUUUGGCUAAAAUUAAAUAA